AUGGGACUAAUUUUGUUUUGCAUAAACAGCAUUCCAGUUACAUGGAACUACGGGGAGAAAAAAAUCCCAAUUGGAUGGGGAUGGGAUCAGAAGGACAAUGCACUGGUUCUUGAGUUGAAAUGUCAAUCGGCGUCGGUGGUGUGUGUAAGUGGGAGCGGGUGGAGCGGCGGUAUGCGCGUGGUGUUGGCAGCGCUGACGGCGCUGGCGGCGCGCACGCUCGCCGGCCCGCAUGAGCAUCGCGCGCGGCACCACGCGCCCGACCACCCCCUACACUUCCCUGCACCGGCGCCACCUCAGCCCUACCGUGGUCAUGGCGAGGCCGUCCGAUACAAUCCUGAACUAGACACGAUUCUACCCCGAAUCGAAGAUCACGAGACCUCUUCUAAACGCGCCAAAUUAGCUGAUGCCGAAUCUUCCUCUAAGAGGGCUAAGUAUGACGAAAGAGUCUAUUCUAACCAUGAGCGAGCCGAGGAACUGCCUAUGGCCGACGAGCCUCAACUUGGACCAGAAGAAGAUGAUCCAUUAGUCGUCCGCACUAGAAAGGGUAGGGUCAAAGGAAUUACACUUACUGCAGCCACAGGAAAAAAAGUUGACGCAUGGUUUGGCAUUCCGUACGCACAGAAACCAAUUGGAGACUUAAGAUUUAGACAUCCAAGACCUAUAGAAAGCUGGGGUGAAGAAAUUUUAAAUACAACUACACUGCCCCAUACAUGCGUCCAAAUUAUUGAUACUGUGUUCGGAGACUUUCCCGGUGCGAUGAUGUGGAAUCCCAACACUGAUAUGCAAGAAGACUGUCUCUAUAUAAAUAUAGUAACACCAAGACCGAGGCCUAAAAACGCAGCAGUCAUGCUAUGGGUAUUUGGAGGCGGAUUUUACUCGGGAACAGCCACUUUAGAUGUCUACGAUCCAAAAAUAUUGGUAUCUGAAGAGAAAAUUGUUUACGUAUCUAUGCAGUAUCGAGUUGCAUCACUCGGUUUUCUAUUUUUUGAUACUCCUGAUGUACCAGGUAAUGCUGGUCUAUUUGACCAGCUUAUGGCACUACAGUGGGUUAAAGACAAUAUUGCCUACUUCGGAGGUAAUCCUCAUAACAUAACUUUAUUUGGUGAGUCAGCUGGUGCAGUGUCCGUGUCUUUACACUUGCUUUCUCCUUUAUCGAGAAACAUGUUUUCUCAAGCGAUAAUGCAAUCGGGAGCAGCCACAGCACCUUGGGCUAUUAUUACGAGGGAAGAGAGCAUCUUACGCGGCAUUCGAUUAGCAGAAGCAGUGCACUGUCCACAUUCUAGGACGGACAUGGGACCGAUGAUAGAGUGCCUACGAAAAAAAACUGCUGAUGAACUAGUUAACAAUGAAUGGGGUACUCUAGGUAUAUGUGAAUUUCCUUUCGUCCCAAUUAUUGAUGGAUCCUUUCUAGAUGAGAUACCUGUACGAUCUUUGGCCCAUCAGAAUUUCAAAAAAACCAAUCUUUUAAUGGGAUCAAACACUGAAGAGGGUUAUUAUUUCAUUUUAUACUAUUUAACUGAGUUGUUUCCAAAAGAAGAAAAUGUGGGUAUAAGCAAAGAACAAUUUUUGCAAGCUGUAAGGGAGUUAAACCCUUAUGUAACAGAUGUAGCACGUCAGGCUAUAGUUUUCGAGUACACAGAUUGGUUGGAUCCCGAGGAUCCUGUAAAAAAUCGGAAUGCAUUAGAUAAAAUGGUGGGAGAUUACCACUUUACUUGUGGAGUGAACGAGAUGGCUCAUCGCUAUGCUGAGACUGGUAAUAAUGUCUUCACUUAUUACUAUAAACAUCGUAGUAAGAAUAAUCCUUGGCCAUCGUGGACAGGAGUUAUGCACGCCGAUGAAAUCAAUUAUGUGUUUGGAGAACCAUUGAAUCCGGGGAAAAAUUAUUCUCCAGAGGAAGUCGAUUUUAGCAAGCGUUUGAUGAGAUAUUGGGCUAAUUUUGCUCGAAGUGGGAAUCCAUCAAUAAAUUCAAAUGGCGAGUCAACAAAAAUUCAUUGGCCAGUUCACACGGCGACUGGUCGAGAGUAUUUAUCGCUAGCUGUAAACUCCAGUUCUGUGGGACACGGUCUGCGCGUAAAACAGUGCGCUUUCUGGCAGAAAUACUUGCCACAAUUGAUGUCUGCUACUAAUAAGCCAGAACCACCGAGGAAUUGUACAAAUAGUGCAGCUCCAGUCAAGAUUCCUAAUGAGAUCUUCGGCGUAGGAGUUGCGAUAGCCACCGCGUUCACUCAGAGCACGUUGUUCAAAUACAUUAUAUGA